UCAAAAGUCAACAGUACAUACAGUUGAGAAAAUUUUCAAAAAAAAAAUCAUAUAUUUUUUAAAAAUCUAAAAAUAAAUUAAUAAAAUAUUAAUUUUACAACUAAAUAUAUUUUUCUGAAAUUGAUUUGAUUUGCGAAUGGCUGGCAGUAAUGCCGUCAAAAGUGUGCUAGGCGAAUUGGCGAAACAUGUGCCAAAUAAUCAGAGGAAACAAUUUCGUAAAUUUGUGGAAUUAAAUAAAGAAUACAAAAAGCGCUUGAAUAAAUAUCCCGAAAAGUUGCCGCGAAUAGAUUGGCAUUACUAUCGCUCGAACGUACGCCUAGAAGCUAUAAAAAUGGUUGAUGAAUUCGAGAAGAAAUACGAAGAGUUGAAUAAGGUGUUCAAUGAUCGUGUGAAAUUGGAUACGAAGAAAUAUUACAAUGAGCUGGAAAAGCAGAGAACAAUAGUGCAGGCGGAAAUAAAGCAGUACAUUGCAGAAUCCAAUAAACGUGUGAAAGCUUAUGAAGCUGAAAUUUAUAGGCUUUGUACUAUGAAACCCUAUUCGUCGAUGACAAUGGAAGAGUUUAUAAACUUGCGUCCCGAAUGCUCAAAUUAUAUACCACAUCAUCGUAAGCCACUCUUCUGGCCGCAUGAUCCCGAUGAACAGAUACCGGGACCGGUAGGUCUAAUGAUAGCGGAUGGUAAGGGUGGUGGUGGAGGAGGAGGCGAUGCUGGUGGUGGUGGAAAGUAUCCAAUUAAUCCGGGUGACAUUAAAGGCAACACGGCGAGUUUCGAAUUCAAGGAAGUUGAAGGAAAGUCUCUGAAAGAUAAACAAGAGACGGCCACCAAAUCGGCGGAGCCAGAAAAAUCGCCGCAGGCAGAAAAAAAACAUGAAGUUUCCUUCAAAAAUGUAGAGGAACCAAAGCCGCAUAUAGACAAACCCGCUUCUAAAGAGGAGAAACAAAAAUUAGACCCUUGCGGUCUAAUCGAAAAACAAGACAAGCAAGAGAAAGCCGAAGCCACAACUGUAACUACAGAUGAGAAGCCACGAAAAAUCGAAGGGCCGACUGAGCCGCGAAAGAAACCGCACCCAUGUGAUUUGGUAAAGGGUACACGAGAGUCCACUACUAAAGGAGACGUUACAUGCGGAACUGCACCUAAAGGACCGUAUAAAGAUGAAGUAAAGCGCACGUGCGUAUUUGUAGAUCCUUGUAAUAUUGGAUUUGGUGAACGGAUCAUACCAAAAUUUGAAUCGGUUGUUGAAAAAUCAGUACCAAAGACUGAGCCAAAACCACAAUCAGUGGAAGCGAAAACGACGCAACCGCCCGUUAUAGUCAAGAAAAAGGCUGAAACCGAUAAAGACGCAUGUAAGAGCCCUGAAAAAAAAGAGGAACCGAAACCAAUUGAUUCCAAAAAGGCACAUCCAUGUGAUAUAGUUAAGAAGAAAAGUGAUCCCAAUGAAGAAAUAUGCAAGGGUGCCUCGACAAAGACUCAAUAUAAAAAUGAAAAAGGCACCUGUGCAUUUUUCGAUCCUUGUAAUGUUGGUUUUGGUGUUGGGGCCCCUGCAAAAGCUGUACCGAAGACUGAUCCGAAACCACAACCAAUUGAACUCAAAAAGAAGCAGUCGUGCGAGAUGGCCAAGAAAAAAUCAGACCCCGAUAAAGAUUCUUGUAAAAGUGCCAGAAAAAAGGAGCAAUCACAACCAAUGGACACCAAAAAAACAAAUCCGUGCGAAGCAAUCACGAAACAACAUGACUCCAAUAAAGAUCCAUGUAAGAGUGCCGCAAAAAAGGAACAAUCACAGCCAAAGGAAGUGAAAAAGACAAACCCUUGCGAGGGGGUUCAGAAGAAGGCUGAACCUGAUAAGGAUCCAUGUAAGAGUUCGCCAAAAAUGGAACAAUCGCAACCAAAGGAAGCGAAAAAGACGAACCCGUGCGAAGCAAUCACGAAAAAACAUGACCCCAAUAAAGAUCCAUGUAAGAGUUCGCCAAAAAUGGAACAAUCGCAACCAAAGGAAGCGAAAAAGACGAACCCGUGCGAUGUAGUCAAGAAGAAGACUGAACCUGAUAAGGAUCCAUGUAAGAGUGCCGCAAAAAAGGAACAAUCACAGCCAAAGGAAGCGAAAAAGACGAACCCGUGUGAGAGUGUCAAAAAUAAGUCUGAACCUGAUAAGGAUCCAUGUAAGAGUGCGGCAAAAAAGGAACAAUCACAGCCAAAGGAAGUGAAAAAGACGAACCCUUGCGAGGAUGUCAAGAAAAAAGCUGACUCCGAACAAGAUCCAUGUAAAAGCGCCGCAAAAAAAGAGCAAUCUAAGAAUGCAUGCGCAGCAGCUGAUUCAGAGGCUACUACGAUCAUCAACCCUUGUAACUGGCAACCGGUUCGACCAAACAGAGUUAAAAAAUCACAAAUAAUACAGGACAAAGACAGUUACACUAUGGUAUUUGCAGAUCCGAAAAAUGCAAAAUCGGAUUGUUCCAAAGAGGAUAAAAAGAGGCAUAGCAAAUCUUGCGGCGCACUACCAUAUUACAAUCCAUUCCGUAGUGAGGCAGAAAAUAGAAAGAAUGAAAAACAGAUGUGCGAAGAAAGCGAGAAGGAUGAUCCAUGUGCAAGGGAUAAUAUUGAAAAGGAAUAUUACAACCCAUGCAAACAUGACAAAGACGAUGAGUGUGAAUGAGACAAGGGCGAGAAAAGAUUUGUAUAUUUCGAGAUAUGGUUUUUGAAGUUUUUAUGUGCGUAAUUUGCGAAAUAUUUUUUGGAUGGAUAUAUUUUAAUAAAUUUAUUCAAAUUAUCAUUAAUUAA